UACAUCUCAAGUACUGGGAGGAUAGACUUGGAUCACCAAGCCAGGGGCGUAUUUCACUUUAAAUCUUCUCUUGCCAAAAUAAAAGACACAUUGCAUCAGCUGCCCGAAAGAGUAUCUCCUGCCAGUCAAGACCCACUUUAGAUAGAGAAAGCCCCUAAAAAUAGCCAUCCAUGUGCCGGCUCAACAGGUGAUUGGCUCUGAGAGGGGAGGAGAUCCUCUAGACAGGGUGAAGGAGACAGAGAAGGGCAGUGCCAGUCCUAGCCUCCCUUCGACAAUGGCUCUGCCUCUUAAGGUCCUGAGUCGGAGCAUGGCCAGUGCAGCCAAAGGAGACCAUGGAGGGGCAGGAGCCAACACCUGGCGCAUCCUGACCUUUGUGCUGGCUCUCCCCAGCGUAGCCCUCUGCUCCCUUAACUGCUGGAUGCACGCAGGCCACCACGAGCGCCCAGAGUUCAUCCCUUACCACCACCUCCGCAUCCGAACCAAGGUCUGCCAGAGGCUGAGGGAGGGAGAGCACGCAGGGAGCCGCGGGGGAGGGGCUGUGGUGACCUGUCUGCCUUCUCUCCACAGCCCUUCGCCUGGGGGGAUGGUAACCACACACUUUUCCAUAAUCCCCACGUCAAUCCUUUGCCCACUGGCUACGAGCACCCUUGAAGUCUGAGCAACAGUCUCCAAAUGGACCUUCUGUCUACGUUGGCGCUCAGAGCCCCUGAGGUUCCAGUGGACAGUUCCAAGCGCAAUAAAGGUGUGGAACUUU